AUGACAUUUUUUCUUCUUUCUUUACUGGCGAAUUCUCUCGUCUUUGUUACAUUGUCACAAGUUCGAUGUCCGGAUGGUUUCACUAUUUUGAAUGAUUCAAAAUGUGUGAAGAUCAUUGAAAACUCGUUGCUCCUUAAUAAUGCCCUCGAGUCUUGUCGGACCUACACAGAUGGAACAUUGGUCUCAAUUCAUAAUGCUAUUGACAAUAGAGCCCUCAUCAACUUAGCGGUUGCUCAACAAACAGUUCGACCCAUAUGGAUAGGAUUAACUUGUUUGACUCCUUCGUGCGUUUGGUUGGAUCAGAGUCAAACAGAUUACACAAACUUUGUCAGCAACCCGCAACCUGACGUGGGGAUAAAUGUGUACAUGUUGACAUCAGGAAACUCUGCUGGUAAAUGGGUGUCAGCAGACGGAUCGCUUGUUUCAUUGAACUAUAUUUGUGAGGUUCCAGCAAUCAUUGUACCAGACCUCUGCUCAAAUCCUUUCAAUGACUACUGUUACACCUUCAAUCAAGACGUUCGAAAUGAAAUUAAUGCGAGAAUAUACUGUCAGAAGGACUGCGGAGACUUGGUAUCAAUCCAUUCAGAGAAAGAAAAUCGUCAUGUUCUUUCUCUUUUUAAUUUCACCUCUCCUCCACCUCAAGUCAGAAUUGGAGCUGGAACAGAUGGGAUUGGAAAGUAUUGGGUGGAUGGAACUGUUUUUGAUUACUCCAAUUUCGGAUAUUUCAAUGUAGACAUCGGAAAAUGUUCGACAAUGCAAAUACCCUAUGGUGUCCUGGAUGCAGGUCAAUGGUUGAGUAACAAUUGUGACGAUGAACUUCCAUUUGUCUGCAAAAGACUGAAUGGCAUCACAUCGUGUCCACCAUCUCCUACGCCGACUUACAAUCCGAAUAUGUGUUAUGGAAGCCACUUUUUCACGGGGAAUGGAACUAUAUACAGCCCAAACUACCCUGAGUCCUACUAUGGACAGUUUUACCCUUGCACUUUUAUCUUCACUGUUCCUUCUGGAAAUAUUGCUCAAGUUAUGUUCACCCUACUAAAUAUUGAUGAUCAGUCGAAAAUUUCCUUGUAUUCUGGAAUCGAAGGAACCGAGCCUAUCAUUGAACUCACUGGUCAAUUCUUCUCGCCUCCUCCAUUCAAUUCGAGUACGAAUGUCAUGAAAAUGAUUUUUGAUAAUGGAGAAAGAGUCUAUAAUGCAGAUACGAAAUGGAUUGCUAACUAUGGAUACAAUCUCUCUCUAUAG